UGUGUGGGACGUGGGGAGAUAUGGAUUUACGGUUUUUUCAGAAUUAAAUAAAUUGUAAAAUGGGCAAUGCUGACACAAAACUUAAUUUUAGGAAGGCGGUAGUGCAGCUAACGUCUAAGUCACAGGCGAUUGACGCAGCAGAUGACACCUUUUGGGAUCAGUUCUGGUCGGAGAGCGUGACCAACGUGCAGGAUGUGUUCGCGCUGGUGCCAGGAGCCGAGAUCCGCGCGCUGCGUGAGGAGUCGCCGAACAAUCUGGCGACCCUGGUGUAUAAGGCUGUGGAGAAGCUCGUGAAGACUGUGGACAGCAGCUGUAGGACACAAAGAGAACAGCAGACAGCUUUGAACUGUGCGCGGCUCCUGACACGAGUGUUGCCAUACAUGCUAGAAGAGCCGGACUGGCAGGGCUUCUUCUGGUCCUCGUUGCCAGCUGCGGCGGAGAACGAACAGUCCAUCCCCUUGGCUCAGUCACUCAUCAACGCUAUAUGUGAUCUCCUGUUCUGCCCAGACUUCACAGUGGUGAGCACCAAGCGGUCCGGCCCGGAGCGCGCCGAAGAACUUUCCUCGCUAGACAGCUGCGAAUACAUUUGGGCGGGCGGCGUGGGCUUCGCGCGCUCGCCGCCACGCGUGCCCGCGCACGAAGCGGCUCGCACUGAACUGCUGCGGCUGCUACUUACCUGCUGCAGCGAGACCGUCUACCAGCCCGCCAGCAGGGCCGCCACGCACCAUAACAAGUGGAUCGCCUACCUCACGAGUCCCGAGAAUCGUCACGCGCUGCCGCUGUUCACAUCGCUUCUGAACACAGUGUGUGCCUACGACCCGGUGGGGCUCGGCCUGCCCUACAACCACCUUCUGUUCAACGACACCCUGGAACCGCUGGUGGAGGUAGCACUACAAAUCCUAAUAGUGACUUUGGACCAUGACACAAGCAACACACUCAAUGAAGAAACUGAUGAAAGCUUGCCAGACAACCUGUUCAUCAACUACCUCUCGCGCAUCCACCGCGACGAAGACUUCCAGUUCCUCCUCCGCGGCGUGACGAGACUCCUCAACAACCCGCUGGCACAGACCUACCUGCCCAACUCCGCCAAGAAGGUCAGCCUGCACCAGGAGCUACUGGUGUUGUUCUGGAAGAUGUGCGACUAUAACAAGUUCCUUCUCCGCGGCGUGACGAGGCUCCUCAACAACCCGCUGGCCCAGACCUACCUGCCCAACUCCGCCAAGAAGGUCAGCCUGCACCAGGAGCUACUGGUGCUGUUCUGGAAGAUGUGCGACUAUAACAAGUUCCUUCUCCGCGGCGUGACGAGGCUCCUCAACAACCCGCUGGCCCAGACCUACCUGCCCAACUCCGCCAAGAAGGUCAGCCUGCACCAGGAGCUACUGGUGCUGUUCUGGAAGAUGUGCGACUAUAACAAGUUCCUUCUCCGCGGCGUGACGAGGCUCCUCAACAACCCGCUGGCCCAGACCUACCUGCCCAACUCCGCCAAGAAGGUCAGCCUGCACCAGGAGCUACUGGUGCUGUUCUGGAAGAUGUGCGACUAUAACAAGAAAUUCAUGUACUACGUGCUGAAGAGCAGCGAUGUCCUCGAAGUACUGGUGCCGAUCCUCUACCACCUCAACGAUUCGCGCGCGGACCAAUCUCGCGUGGGCCUAAUGCACAUCGGCGUAUUCAUCCUUCUUCUCCUAUCCGGGGAGCGCAACUUCGGAGUGCGUCUCAACAAACCCUACGCAGCCGCUGUGCCCAUGGACAUCCCGGUGUUCACGGGCUCCCACGCGGACUUACUGGUCGUGGUGUUCCACAAGGUGGUCACCACGGGCCACCAGCGCCUGCAGCCGCUGUUCGACUGCCUGCUCACCAUCCUGGUCAACGUGUCCCCGUACCUCAAGACGCUGUCCAUGGUGGCGUCCACCAAACUCCUGCACCUUCUGGAAGCGUUCAGCACGCCGUGGUUCCUGUUCUCGCGGCCGCACCACCACCACUUGGUUUUCUUCCUACUGGAGAUGUUCAACAACAUGGUGCAGUACCAGUUUGAUGGCAACUCGAACCUGGUGUACACGAUCAUCCGCAAGCGCGCGGUGUUCCACAGCCUGGCCAACUUGCCUCAGGAGCACGCCGCCAUCGCGCGCUCGCUGGCCGCCGGGAAGGGCCGAUCCUUCUCCGCCGCCAAGCCCGAGCUGCCCAGGUCGCGCAGCGCGGAGUCGGUGUCGGAGGCGGUGAUGGAGGGCUCCCGGCCCGCGCAGCCCGCCGAGCCCGGCACGCUCAACCCCACGCUCGCCGAGACGCCAGGUAACGCUCGCCGAGACGCCAGCUCGCGCAGCGCGGGUCGGUGUCGGAGGCGGUGGAGGCACGUCAACCCCACGCUCGCCGAGACGCCAGGUGACACUCGCCACAGCUCCCUCGGCAGCGCGGGUCGGUGUCGGAGGCGGUGGAGGCACGUCAACCCCACGCUCGCCGAGACGCCAGGUGACACUCGCCACAGCUCCCUCGGCAGCGCGGGUCGGUGUCGGAGGCGGUGGAGGCACGUCAACCCCACGCUCGCCGAGACGCCAGGUGACACUCGCCACAGCUCCCUCGGCAGCGCGGGUCGGUGUCGGAGGCGGUGGAGGCACGUCAACCCCACGCUCGCCGAGACGCCAGGUGACACUCGCCACAGCUCCCUCGGCAGCGCGGGUCGGUGUCGGAGGCGGUGGAGGCACGUCAACCCCACGCUCGCCGAGACGCCAGCGAUAGCAGCCAUGACGGAACGCGAGUCGGCGCACCCCGCGCCGCCGCCUGAAGGCACGCAGCUGCUACCGCGCCGCAGCGGAGACGGACAAGACUUAGCAGCAACUACGCCUGAACCGGAGAAUGAUAAGGACAACGACGACGAAGACAACGAGCGGGAACAGAAGACGGAGCACGGAUAUGACACGCGCGAAGUGUCCACCAGUCUAAACCAGUGCGAGCGCGAAUGCCGCUCGAGACACGCGUCUGUGUGCGUAAGCAACAUUAAGUACAUACAGGCCAUUAGAGACAGCACCGGCUCCGUCAAGUCGUCCUCCGAAGCGAACGCUUGGCGGCCCAGCAGCGCGUGGGUGGCGAGCUGGCGCGCCAAGCUGCCGCUGCAGACCAUCAUGCGCCUGCUGCAGGUGCUGGUGCCGCAGGUCGAGAAGAUCUGCAUCGACAAGGCCCUUAGGAACAGCACCGGCUCCGUGAAGUCGUCCUUCGAAGCGAACGCUUGGCGGCCCAGCAGCGCGUGGGUGGCGAGCUGGCGCGCCAAGCUGCCGCUGCAGACCAUCAUGCGCCUGCUGCAGGUGCUGGUGCCGCAGGUCGAGAAGAUCUGCAUCGACAAGGCCAGCGUUUGUUUCAUCAAUGUGGGGCAGUACAACCCGAUGCGAGGUGAAGGUGUUAAGACGGCGCUUGACGCUAAGACAGAGUCGAACUGCGCAGGCGCUGAAGAAAUGACUACGCUCCCCGAGAGAUCCCGCAGUGCCAUUAGAGACAGCACCGGCUCCGUCAAGUCGUCGUCCGAAGCGAACGCUUGGCGGCCCAGCAGCGCGUGGGUGGCGAGCUGGCGCGCCAAGCUGCCGCUGCAGACCAUCAUGCGCCUGCUGCAGGUGCUGGUGCCGCAGGUCGAGAAGAUCUGCAUCGACAAGGCCAUUAGAGACAGCACCGGCUCCGUCAAGUCGUCCUCCGAAGCGAACGCUUGGCGGCCCAGCAGCGCGUGGGUGGCGAGCUGGCGCGCCAAGCUGCCGCUGCAGACCAUCAUGCGCCUGCUGCAGGUGCUGGUGCCGCAGGUCGAGAAGAUCUGCAUCGACAAGGGUCUGACGGACGAAUCGGAGAUCCUGCGCUUCCUUCAGCACGGCACGCUGGUGGGGCUGCUGCCGGUGCCGCACCCCAUCCUCAUCCGCAAGUACCAGGCCAACGCCGGCACCGCCGCCUGGUUCCGCACUUACAUGUGGGGCGUCAUCUACAUACGAAACGUGGACCCGCCCAUAUGGUACGACACGGACGUGAAGUUAUUCGAGAUCCAGCGCGUAUGAGGCCGCACGACGCCGCGGCGGCGCUUACCAAAGCCACAGUCUCCCAGCAUUUACCUUGUUUGCGGUUGUCACGCGCGGCUUACCUUGUUUAUGUAUGGACAGUCACGGGUAAAAUCACGAAAGGAUUUUGGACUUUGUGUCUUUGGUGAAAGGUUUAAAUCAGUUGAGCAGUUUGUCGUUUCUUUUAGGCGAAUGUACAGCCUGUAUACAAUGUGUGUAACGUAUAUUCAUAAUCCUACACAUACAAAGUGCAUUUAUUCUACUAUGCGAACCAUAUCUUUUCUAUUGACCCAACGUUGGAGUAUAAAAAAAUAUAAAACCCAUAGCAGCUAACAUCUAGUGAGCUGAAAACAGAUUAGUAUUGUAGUUUUAUGGUAACGUUUUAAGAUUCUAAAGUCCCCGUAAAGUGCAUUAUAUCGACCUACCGUGGUGUGGAAAAAGCUUAUAUCCUGAUAGGUAGGCUGAUAAUGGUAAAUGAAUUAACCCUUUUCAUUCGUGCCUUUUACACGUUUUAUAUAGAUCGUACUUCGAAGUAGACACAUCCAACGGGAAUUCUCAUAAAGCUGUAUCCAUAUUUUUGGAUCUCUUUCACUUGUAGCAAGAUGCUGGUAUGAGGUAAAGUCC